AUGCGGGCUGCUGUACUGGCCCUGCUUGCUCUGGUCCUCGCAGCUGAGGCCAACGCUUCAGGUGGGCGCCUGCUGCAGGCCGCAGACAGCGCCAAGGCGGUCGAUGGCGCCCAAAGCGCGGCGGCCGCGAAGGACGCAAAGGAGGACAAGAAAGUUGACCAGGCCUUCCCGGGCGGCUGGGGGGGCAUGGGCGGCGGCAUGGGUGGCGGCCGGCCCGGCUUCGGGGGCGGCAUCCCCGGCUACAGCACCCCUCCGCUCGGCGGCUUUGGGGGCGGCGGCGGCUUUGGCGGCGGCGGCGGCGGCUUCGGGGGCGGCCGCCCCGGCGGCUUUGGCGGCGGCGGCCCGUCCGGCGGCUUUGGCGGGCUCGGCGGCGGUCUGGGUGGGGGGCUGGGCGGCGGCUCUGUCCGCGACCGUGCGCAGCAGGCCAUAGACCAACGCCUGCAGGGGCGCUUCGGCGGCGGCGGCGGCUUCGGCAACAACGGCGGCGGGCUGUUCGGCGGCGGCGCGGCCAACCAGCAGCCCGGCGGCCUGUUUGGCGGCGGCGGCCUCGGCGGGUCUGCCGGUCUGUCUCCCAUCGCCCAGCCCGGCGGCUUUGGCGGCUUCGGCGCCCAGCAGGGCAACCCUUUCGGCGGCGGCCGUGGUGACCGGCAGCAGCAGAACCCCUUCACCGGCCGCCCGCAGAUGCCAGGCUUUGGCGGCCUGAACGCUGGCGUCCCCCCGGGCGCGGUGCGCCCAGCAGGGCUGGGCGGCCUCGGCAACGGGUUCGGCAACAACGGCGCCUUCAACGGCGGCAACCCCUUCAACAACGGCGGCGCCUUCAACGGCGCCGGCUCCCUGCCCGGCCUCGGCGGUGGCCGCGCCAACGGCCUGGGCGUCGGCACGCGCCUCUAUGACCGCUCCAUCCUCUCGGGCCUCCUGCCGAGUGCGCCGUCGCGCAACAGCGGCGGCGCGCUGCGGCCGCUGUCGGCCGACGCCGCGCGGUUCAGCCAGUCGUUCGCGUCCGCAGACGCGCGGUCGGUCGGCCGCAGCAUGAUCUUCGGCCAGAUCAACUCCGAGGCCGCGGCGCAGGGCAUCGUCGAUGCGGCCGCCGCCGGCCGCCGCGGGCGCAUCAGCGACUCCCUCGCGUACGCCGCCGCCGAGAGCAACAGCGUGCGGCCGCUGUCGACGCUCUUCAGCCGCUCCGCGUCGUUCGCGCUCUCGCGCGGCCAGGUCAACCCCUUUGCGGACGCGACGGCCGACGCGUUCGUCGCUGCGCGCGGCCGCGGCUCGCUGCGCAACUUUGGCCUCGCCAUGGCCGACGCCUGCACCAGCAGCGGCGGCGACGGGCAGUACGCGUACGGCCAGGCCAUGGCGCGCGCGGUGGCGCAGGGCGGCGACGGGCAGGCGGCCGUGGCCGAGGCGACGGCCGAGGUGUUCUGCAGCGGCCGCAACGACUAUGCGACCGCGUGGUCGUCCGCCUUUGCCGUCGCGCUGAACCAGGACAAGAACGGCUGCCUCGUGCUGUCCAAGGCGCGCGCCCUCGCGACGGCCAGCUGCGGCGGCGGCGCGUUCAACGCCAACGCCGACAGCGCCUCGACGUCCAAGGUCCUCGGCUUCUGCGGGCUGCUGCCGCCGGGCACCGUGAACUUCGGCUUCAACUCGGCCGACGGCGGCUCCAACAGCUUCAGCGGCUAG